AUGUGGGAAGGCGAUGCCAAUGGUACCUCGUCCAGUGCUCACCGCAGCAAAAGGCGGCUGCAGCCACAGGCCCAGCCGCGAGACCAACAGCAGCAGCAGGGACAGCACCACCAGCGGGAACAACAGCAGCAGAAGGAACAGAAACAGCAACAGCAGCAGCAGAAACAUAUGCAGCGGGAGAUUAGGCUGAAUACGGGUCUGACAGACUCACAGCAAGUGGGGGAUGAGUCCUUGUCUGCCUGGUCUUGUCUAUGCAUUCCCCCCCAAAGUAGAAUGCCUUCAGAUGGCGGCUCUGCUGCCGACCCCGCUGCCGCUGCUGUUGCGGCCUAUUCUAGCUGUUCCACCGCGUCUUCGUGCAGUUCAGCGUCUCUGCAAGCUUCGCAGCUCCCGCUUUUUCGCGAGGGCCAGCAGCAGCAGCCGCCCGCGAAGGUGAGAGACGAGCCUGACUGUGAAUCCGUGGAGGAGGGAGGCGAGGAUGAAGCCACCGCUGCGGCAGCGACUUCCGCUCCUGCGUCAACAGUCUUGUGUGCACUGCCUGACCUGGGAGGAGUUGUGGGGGGCCUGGUGAACUUGUUUGGGGGAGGGUGGCUUGCAGACAGGUUCAGCGCGCUGAUGCGAGAGAGCUUGCAGAGCAUGCUGUUGUUGCUGCUGCGGCUGCAGCGGCAGCAGCUGCUGCGUCGCUUCUGCCCAGACCUGAUGGAACGGUAUACGCACACCUUGAGUGGCGGCCAGUUCAAAGCAGAAAGACACAGCAUACGUACAACAGACGGCUACGAGGUGCAUUUCUAUCUCCUGCGCAGAGUCACUCGCUGGUGCUGCACAGACGACUGUGGAUGCGAGGUGCUGGGAGGAACUGCAGCAGCAGCACCAGUAGCAGGAACAACAGCAGAAGAAGCAGCACGAUCACCAGCAAACGCAGCACUCGCCAAUGCCAGCAGUAUUGCACCCAAAGGGUCCUACGACACCGUUGCUGCAUUUCCAGCAACAGCACCACCACUAACCAUUGGUGGGAGCAGCAGCAGUAGCAACAGCCUGGACGGGGACUGCAGGGGGCAGGUGUUUGUGUUUGUGCACGGGUUGUUGGAGUCAUCUUUGAAUUGGAUUAGCGGUGGUUUCCUUUCCCUUCCUUUUAUUGCUGCCCAAAGAGGAGGCGAAGUCUGGCUGGUGAACAGCAGAGGAAAUGAAUACACACGGGAGCUCUCCGCUCACAAACAGCAGCAGCAGCAACAACAACUGCCGCAGCAACAACAGCAGCAGGAGCAGCAGCAGGAUGCCUCCGGUUUUUUGUCGGGGGAGCUGCAGGAAGACGAUAGAUACCCUUCUUACUCAUUAGCAACCCUGCACGCCUUCAUCCAGGAGAAGCAGCAGCAGUUCCUUAGAGCCCAGGAGCAGCAGCAAACGCACCGAAACGACGACGAGCAGCAGCAGCACCACCUCCAGCAACUUCUGCAGCAGAAAGAGCAAUACGAAGUGGAAGGGGACUGCUGCUCCAUUGUCUGCUGCCGAUGCAGCGGCCUGACUGCCUUUCCUUCUCUCCGAGGAAAGUCCCAAGAAGAACAAAACCGCCUUUUGAAGGACGCAUGCAUGCAAGCUUCUGCCUUGCUGCUGAACAUGCACUGGGGGAGCCAAAACCCUACCAACUUUGGUAACUCCAGUCAGGAGGAAGAGCAACAGGAGCAGCAGCAACAGCCAUUUAAUCGAACUCUUUCUGAGUCUGAACUGUCUACAGCGUUGUCUUCAUCUGCUAGAGCUUUCGCAGAGAGCGAUGGAGGUGUAAAUAUGCCUUCGCCUUCAGCAUCUCUUGCAGCAACAGCCGCCACACCGGCACCAGGUACAGCGCCUGCACCAGCAGCAGCAGCAGGAUGCCUUGCUAGUUGCUUCAGCAGCGAUGACGUGCUGCAUUCUCUUCGCAGCUGUGGGGAUUGUAGGGGUGAUUGCUCUCUCAGAGAUGCAUGCGCAUGCCCCUGCAUGGGCAGCCGCAGAGAGGAGGGGCAGCCACUGCUGCGAGCUGGUGCUGGUGCAGCAGGCAGGGGUGCAGCAAGGCAGCAGCAAACCGGCACAGCAGCCUUUGCAUGCAACAGAAAGAGCACCUCCCCCAAGGAGUCGCGUUGGGGUGACUGUGGAGCCAAAGUGGGUUGGAAUGACGAUGAACACAGCAACAAUACCAGUAGGUGGCUCCCCAGGAUUCGCAGUGGUGCUAGCAGCAAAAGCCCUCCUUUUGCUUUUUCUGCUUCUUUUGCCUCGGGUUCCUGGUCCUUUCAAGAGAUGGCGCUUUUCGACCUCCCUGCCCAACUCCAGUAUAUCGCACAGCAUUCACAAACCCUCAACAGGCGCCGCGCUGCUAUGCUGGCUGCUGCUACGAGCAGCACCAAUAGCAACAGCAGCAGUGUCAGCGACAGCUGCAGCAUUAAGACCAAAAGCGCGUUUGGCUGUGGGCUGGUGGCUAUCGGCCAGUCGCAGGGGGCAGCGCAGUUGUUGAUAGCCCUUUCUUCUUCUCCUUCUUUGGGAUUGCUUCUGCGGCGUGCAGUGUUGUUUUCACCUCCUUUAAUCCUGCAGCCGCUGCAGCAGCUGCCGUACUCUGCUCGGGUGCUGCUGCUGCUGGGGAUGCGGCAUCCCACGCUGCUGCUACAGGCGCUGAAGUUUUUUGUACGUUUUAUUCCGGAGCGGCUGCUGAGUACAGCAGGUAAUGCAAUUGUCGGUUCAGGAAAAAGAGGAGGCAUGCGCUUCUACAACACGCCCCUCCAGCAGCAGCAACUAUUCCUCAACUUCGCCCAUACGCCUUCCGGGGGUACCUCGCGGCAGAAUUUUGCCCAUUGGAUGCAGCAGCUGAACAGCGGCGAGCCUUUGUCUUCGUUGUCUCCUGGUUCUGCGGUGCUUGCAUCUUCUCUUCUGUCGCCUUCAUCUUCUCCGGCGGAAUCCAGCGACGCUACGUGGUUGGCUCAGCUGCUGGAGAACGCAACGCCUCAGCGCAACGAAUGGCAGCAGCAACAGCAACAGGAGCAGCAGGAGGAGAAGCAGGAGCAGCAGCAGGAGUGUGCUGCCCUCCCAGGUGUGGACGUAGUGAGGGGCCGGUAUCCGCUGGAGAGAAUUUCGAGUUUUUUGUACGCCUUCCUUGGGGCCCAAGACAACCUAGUGCAGCCAGGUCAGCUGCAGUGGCUACAGUAG